AUGUCGAGCUCUCAAGAUGCAAAGAGCCCCAAGGGCCCCGAGAGCCCCGAGAACACCAGCAGUCCCCAGGCUAAAUCAGCUUCUCCAGAAGCCGGGCCCGCGCCGCUUGCAAUGGUCCCGCUGACUGCUGAGGAAAUAAGAGAAGCUGGUAUCUUACCAGGCACGCACUGGACACAGCAGCCGAUUGAGCAUGUAAAGGAAGACGGUGCCUCCACCAUUGGGUCGAUUUCCUCCACCACCGCCUCACUCUCUUCGACCAUUUUCCAGUACCGUACCCUCCACGGAAGGACAUACCAUGGCGAUGUUGGUACUGCUGAGUCAUGGGAACCUAACGACCAGCGUCACGUUGAUGCUAUGGAGCUCGGUGACUUUGCCGACGACUUUCCCAACGCCGAAGUAAUCGGAACCGACGUGUCCCCCAUCCAGCCUUCUUGGGUUCCUGCGAACCUCCACUUCGAGAUCGAUGACUGCAAUCAGCAAUGGACCUGGAAUGAAAUUUCCUUCGGUUUCAUUCACACGCGUAUGCUGAUUGGUGUUGUAACCGAUUGGCAUGCCCUGCUCUGUAAUGCUUUCCGUUGUCUUAAGCCGGGUGGAUAUGUCGAAAGUAUGGUUUCUAGCGCCUAUUUCCAUAGUGAUGAUGGCACAGUUAAAGAGGGAAGUGCCUUGAGUCAGUAUCAUACCAUCUUUUGGGAGGCUGGUAAGAAAAUGGGCAGAGUAUUCAAGGUCUUUGAAGAUGAUCUUCAGAGAAAGGGUAUGGAAGACGCAGGGUUUGUUGAUAUUACAGUCCAGGAUGUCAAUAUUCCAUUUGGCACCUGGCCAGAAGACAAAAAGGCGGCGGAAAUAGGCCUUUGGGUUAAGAUCGCGCUCGAAACAGACCUUGAAGGAUACUUCAAUUACGUCUGCAACAAUUUGUUGGGCUGGAAGACAGACAAGACUGCAGCCUACAUUGCCCAUGUCAAGAAAGAGUGGAAUGAUCCUAACAUCCACGGCUAUAUCUAG